AUGAGCUGUGGCACUAAGUCCUCGACUAGUACCACUAGAAUUAGCAGUGGAGGUGGUGGUGGUGGUGGUGGAGGAUACAGUGGUGGAGGUGGUGGAGGGGGUAGCAGCUGUGGAGCACGGAGGUCUGGUGGAUACUCCUCAGUGUCCUCUAGAAAAUACACCUCUUCUGGAGGAGGUGGAGGCUUUUCUGGGAGAAGCUUUGGUGGAGGAGUUUCCAGGAGCAGCUAUGGAGCGGGCUUCAGCAGUGGCAGCUGUGGAAGGAUUAGCCGCAGUAGCUAUGGAGGGAGAAUAAGUGGUGGUAGUUAUGGAGGAGGAAUGAGCUGUGGAAGUAUGGGAGGAGGAUUUGGAUCAGGUGGGGGUAGUUUUGGGGGCAUGGGAGGUGGUUAUGGGGCUGGCCUCGGUGGAGGUAGCUUUGGAGGCGGUGGAUACAGCGGAGGUGGAUUUAGUGGCUUUGGGGGUAGUGGUGGCUUUGGUGGUGGCAGCUUUGGAGGUGGUGGCUAUGGAGGAGGUAGUUUUGGUGGAAUGGGGUUUGGUGAAGAUGGUGGCUUGCUGUCCACAAAUGAGAAGCUGACCAUGCAGAACCUCAAUGAUCGCCUGGCUUCUUAUAUGGAUAAAGUGCGACGCUUGGAGGAAGAAAAUUCUCAACUUGAGCAACUGAUCAGGGAGUGGUACAAGAAUCAAGGUCCCACUAGUGCCAGGGACUACAGCCAAUACUACAGGACCAUUGAAGAACUGCAGAACCAGAUUGUUGGUGCAAAUGUGGACCUCAACAAGAUCCUCCUUGACAUCGACAACACCAGAAUGACUGUGGAUGACUUCAGACUGAAGUAUGAAACAGAAUAUACUCUCCACCAGAGUGUGGCAAGUGAUAUCAAUGGCUUACGCCCACUUCUGGAUCAGCUGACUCUAUCCAGGUCUGACUUGGAGACACAGUUUGAAUCCCUGAAAGAGGAACUGAUCUAUCUCAAGAGGAACCAUGAAGAGGAAAUAAAGGGUCUGCAGACGCAGUCUGGGGGGGAUGUCAGUGUGGAAGUCAAUGCUACCCCUGGCAUCAAUCUGAUGGAAAAACUGAAUGAAAUGCGUACCGAAUAUGAACGACUCAUUGAGAACAACCGGAGAGAGGUGGAAAGCUGGUACGAAACCAAGAUGGAAGAAGUUAACCAACAAGUCCACUCAAGUGGCCAGGAGAUACAAUCAAGCAACCAACAGAUCUCUGAGCUGAGACGUGAAUACCAGAGCCUGGAAAUCGAGCUGCAGUCGCAGAUCAGCAUGGUGGACUCUUUGCAGUCCAACCUGGAAGACACGGAACGCCGUUACAACAUGCAGCUGCAGCAGAUCCAGGGGAUGAUUGGUCCCUUGGAGGAGGAGCUGGCCAGCAUCCGCUGUGAGAUGGAGAGUCAGAACGAAGAGUACAAGAUGCUCCUGGGCAUCAAGACCCGCCUGGAGCAGGAGAUUGCUCAGUACCGGGCUCUGCUGGAGGAGGGGCAGCAGGACCUUGUAAUCCCAGCAGGAGGAAUAGGAGGAGGAAUGGGAGGUGGUAGAAUAGGAGGUGGUGGCUACUCUUCCGGAGGAGGAGGAAGAGGAGGAGGUGGUAGCAUGAGUGGUGGAUAUGGAGGAGGUGGUAGCAUGAGUGGUGGAUAUGGAGGUGGUGGCAUCUCCUCUGGCAGCGGAAUGGGAGGAGGAAUUGGAGGAGGAUCGGGAGGAGGAAGUGGAGGAAUAGGAGGGGGAAGCGGCGGUGGAUGCAGUAGCAUUGGAGGAGGAGGAGGAGGAGGAAGGAUCUCUGGAGGCGUCAGCAGUUCCCACUCCUACUCUUCAUCUUCCCAGUCUCAGUCCUGCAGGAGUGGUGGUGAAAGCCAAGGGUACGGAAGAAAAUCUUUUGACUAAGAAUAUACCUCGAGGAUCCUACAGUGCAACACCUUUCAAACCAAAACUGGCUCAAAUCCUCUACAAUCCCCUUGCUCCUGAAGAAACAGAGAUGCUCUUCACAGUCCCUCAGCCUUGCUGAUGCCAUCUAUCCAAAAAGGCCCAUCAGAGCUACCCAGAAGGGCUGCUCAACCUCCUGCCCCACAUGCUGUGUGCUGCUUCAGCCCAGAACUUUGAUGGCUUCCAUCACUGUCUCCUGAGCUACUCACUUUGCACCUUCAACCUGGUUGUUACUUGGCUUGCUCUGUACGAGGAAA